AUAUCCCCAAAUAAUUAUAAUAAGAGUGCCCUGCGUCUGGUUCCAACUUGUUUCUUCUGGACUGAACUUAACUGGACGUAACCGCAACGUUGUUUUGUUUUGUGGUCAACGUUGCUAUGCGUAUAUUGCGAAAUAUGCACCCUGAGAAUAUCUAUAUAAUCGAAUGGAUCGAGAUGUAUGACUGGCUGAGCACCUUUUUGGGCUUUAAUUCCCUCAGCUUGUAGAUCCAAUUUGCUCAUACCUAGUACCUAUAUAUAUACGUUUAGGAAUAAACAGAUGUUUGGCAAUUUUCUGUUGCAAGUGCAUGCACUGCAAUCCACUGUACCAUUGUCAGUGGAACCCUGUAACAUUGGGGGAUAAGAUAUUGGCCAUUAUACAGAGGUGUCCUUUGUUGAGGGGUUGUUUUGUACUGGGUACUUGACCUUUUAUUUAUAUCUACUGUUGGUCUUUCUGCAGGAUGGUUGUUGAGUUCCACUGUAUUAUACGAUUAUUAUAUUACAUGUCAUAACAAAGUACAUGAACCUAAUACACACAAUGAAUAGGAGUGGUGUGUUGGACGGACGGUCGAUUAUUUUGCUCAGAGAUUCAAACUAAAGAAUGACAAUCACAAAGCACAUGCUCAAAAGCUGUGUCUGUAUUGUGAGGGUGCAGUACUGGGCAUGUCUCAUAAGCUACAGGACCUUAUACACACUGUCAUCACCAUGGGAACUACACUUACACUAGAAUAUGAAUGCAAAUGAUAUCCACAAAGUUUUGUAAAAGUGGGUGGGGCUGCUGAUAUUACAGGAAGUGUCUUCCAUGAGACAAUGUUGAAAGCUCGGCUUCACUCCUUUUUUGGUCGAACACCACCAGUUGAACUAUCACCUCGAUGGGGUCAAUUCUCUGCAGUUGAUGGACGCCAUUACAUGUGGAGGGGGGCUGGUCCAGGACUGGGGUCUAACAUCAUUGCUGUGUGUGAUCCAAGCACUGAGCUGUGGAGCCUCUUGCCCACCACUGGACCUCUACCCCCUGGAAAGUGGGGUGGUUGCUCUGUUUGUGUAGGUCGUUGCCUGUACACCUUUGGUGGUUAUGAUGGGUCUUCUUACGUCAAUGAUAUGAGCAAGCUUGAUCUGGACACUCUCCAGUGGACCAAAGUUCAAACCUCUGGUAGUCAGCCUAUGAAAAAGGCUUACUGUGGACUUAUCCGUGUUAAUGAGAGAACUCUGUGCUGCUUUGGAGGAGGAGGUAUUCAGGGCACCACACAACCAGGAUCAACAUUCACCAGUGGAGGCGCUGGUGGAAAUGGAUGUACUAACGAGUUCCAUUUCUUUGACACGCAAAAUGGUAUCUGGUCGUCCCCUGAGCUCAGAGGAGAGAGACUUCCUCCCUGUAGGAGCUUCACCUUCACCAUGGUGGACCAGCACAGGGCAGUCCUCUUUGGAGGGUACCAAUCUGGCCAUGGUAGGCUCAAUGAUGUCUACCUGUUCGAUUUCAGGACCAUGGAGGUCACUAAGGUGAAGCCAGUACAGGGAGAGCCAUGGCCAGUGGGGAGGGCAGGCCAUGCUGCCUGUUGUCUCAACUAUGGCCAGGACCACCCUCAACUACUGGUGUACGGAGGACUGGAUAAUGGCAACAAGACACUGGAGGACAUGUGGAUGCUGGAUGUUGACACUGUCAAGUGGACUGAGGUGACACCUCCUGAGUCAAUGACACCACGUUCCUACCACUCCAUCACUGCCACCAGUCUGGGACCAGGACUCACUGAGGUCCUCGUGUUUGGAGGCAAGCGGGAGGCGCUGGGAGAUACCAUUGCUGAGACCACCAUACUGAGAUUUGAGUUGACUGGACCCUCAGCGUCUGUUGCUGGACCCUCGGCUUGGAAGUGGGCUCUCGUGGAUGUGGCCCACAACGACACUAGAGGCUCCGCCCAGCGACUGAGUGAGAAGAAGAUCAGACAAGCAACUGCUCGUGCCUCAUCAGUCAGUGAGACCAGCGACCACUCCUCUCAAGACCGGGUGAGGGCUCUGGAACAACAGUUACGAGCAACAGAGCAGAGAGAGCACGACACUCAACGUCACGUCACCACCAACUACAGUUGCAAGAGAAGGAUCGAGAAUUAG